AUGCUUCUUCCCAACUCCCUUGCUACCUUCGUCCCUCUGGUCGGCCUUUGGGUUGCCCAAGCGUCUGCUGGCCCUGCAUCCGCCGGCCAGUCGUCACCAGGUCUCUUCGACCGGGAGAUUGCCUGUCCUAAUUAUGCCCAAUAUUCUACCUUUGCACAUCGCCCCUUCAGUGAAGGGCCCCUCGCAUUGCCGUACCAGCGACCCGAUCCUCGAUGCCGGACCUUUCAUUCUGACGAGGUGGAACGCGUGAUUCAGGAGGUCACCUCGCGCAUGAAGGAUCCUGAUCUGGCCAGACUCUUCGAGAACGCAUUCCCUUCGACCACCGACACGACCAUCAAGUUCCACACAGACGGCACCGGCGCUAGCGUCAUCGAGCACACGGAACGGGGUCUCAAUGCCGACGGGAAAUGGCAGGGCCCUCACUCUUUCAUCGUGACGGGCGACAUCACGGCCGAGUGGUUGCGCGACUCGACGAACCAGCUGACGCCCAUCCAGCCCCUCGCCAAAAAGGACCCCGCCAUCUUCAACCUGAUCCUGGGCGCCAUCAACACGCAGGCCGAGUAUGUCAUCGAGUCGCCCUACUGCAACGCCUUCCAGCCGCCGCCCAUCAGCAACCUGCAGCCGAGCGUCAACGGGCAGCAGGAGGAUGUCGUCCACCCGCUCUACGAGGCCACCUCGGUCUUCGAGUGCAAGUACGAGCUGGAUUCUCUGGCGCACUUUCUCGCCCUGGCCAACCGGUUCCACGACAACACGGGGUCGACCAAGUUCCUCAACGACAGGUGGUACGCCGCCGUCGACACGCUCGUCUCCGUGCUGGAGCAGCAGUCGCGGUCGACCUUUGACGCCAAGACGGGCCGCUUCGUGCGCAACGAGUACACCUUCCAGCGCAAGACCGACACGGGCACCGAGACGCUGAACCUCCAGGGCGUCGGCAACCCGCUGAACUGGGGCACCGGCCUCGUGCGGUCGGCGUUUCGGCCCAGCGACGACGCGACCAUUCUCGGCUUCUUCAUCCCCGCCAACGCCAUGAUGUCCGUCGAGCUCAAGCGCACGGCCGCCAUCCUGCAGGCGUCCGGAAAGAAGGACCUCGGCGUCACCCUCGAGAAGUGGGGCAAGAGGAUCGCCGACGGCGUCUGGACCCACGGCGUCGUCAAGCACCGCAAGUACGGCGACGUGUUCGCCUACGAGGUCGACGGCUACGGCUCGCAGAUCAUCAUGGACGACGCCAACUACCCCUCGCUCCUGGCGCUGCCCCUCAUGGGCUUCACCGAGACGACCAACGACGUCUACCAGAACACGAGGAAGAUGCUGCUGGAGAAGGCGGGCAACCCCUACUACCUCCAGGGGCGCGUCUUCGAGGGCAUCGGCGGACCCCACGUCGGCCUGUCGAACGCCUGGCCCAUGAGCCUGCUGAUCCAGGCGCAGACGUCGGACGAUGAUGCUGAGAUCACAAAGUCUCUGCACCUCGUUCUGCAGUCGGCCAAGCUCGGCCUCGUGCACGAGAGCAUUGAUGUGAACUUUAUCACGUCCUACACGCGGAGCUGGUUUGCCUGGGCGAACGGCGUGUUCGCCGACACCAUUCUCGACAUUGCGAAGCGCAAGCCGCACCUCAUCUUCAAGGAUCCCAAGCCUUACGAGAUGUGA